AUGGUUGUCCUUUCCCAGAGAAUUAUUGAAAAGCUUAAAUGUCCUGUAUUGGUCACGACGAUAUACAUAUUGGGAAAUCUCUCAACUUGGGAAGAAUACUAUCGCAGGCAAAAUCUCCACGCAACCAUUGAUGAGUGUUACAAUUCUUUGGACGAGAUAUCAGCGUACUUUUUCGGGUUUUUUAUGAAAAUAAAUUAUAGAACCGGAAGCACACCACGGCCACAGUUUGCGAAGCUUCCAGUCAGAACCCAUGUGGCCCGAAGACAUGUAGCCCAUGAAGCAGUUGAUUUUGAAAAGUAUCCGAUGCUAAAAAACUAUUGCAGAACACUUUUGGCAAUGCAGGAACUUCACAUUGAGGAAGAUUCGCAACGUGCUCAAGAUUCCUUCGUCAUGUUGGAAUGGUCAGUGGUAAAUUUCGAAAUAUUUGCAGAUGCAGGCUGGCAAGGUGAACGCAAACCUGCUACCAUUUCGAUUCCACAAAUCGAGCUAAAGUUGCUGUCUCCUAUCUUUGAACAGCAUUUUGACUGCCGGAUUCGGUCUGUAACUGCGAUGUUACGAUCACUAGAAAAUAAGGGCAAAAUCGGCAAUUCUUCAGUGUUCAACAGUUGGGUCGAUUGGCUAUGGAAUCAGUCAAAAAUUUAUUACAAAAUUGAUGCUUUGACUUGUAUUCCUGUGAUUUCAGCGGUUAUUUUAUAUAUACCUACACCAUGCUGUGGUCUUGGAAGCGAACCGUCUGAAAACCAUAUAAAGGCCGAACUAUGGACAAGCAUUUUGUCUAAUACGUUUUCUCUCCAUAACCCAAAAUUUGUCCCUAUAUGGGAAUUCCACAACUUAAUUCCUGGAGAUGGUGGGCGAGGUUCAGCAAAAUCGGGCUUUUCUGCAAUUGGCAGAUUCGAAGUUCAUAAAGAUGAUGUAGUCAUCGUUGCAGAAGCAACGCACGAAUUUAAUAGGAUGCACUACCCGUCAGAUGAAGAGAUAAAUAAAAUGUGCUUGCAUAUUGGAUUAGUAAAUGGAGCAAGUAUUCGUCUGGGUAAACUGAUGCCUGUGUUUGAUCAGCAACAGUCAACACUCAUUUAUGUUUAUGACGACGAAGUACUUUCAUUUAAUUUGCAGACAAAAGACGAAGAGGCAAACAUAGAAAGUGCACUACAAUUAGUAACUUAUCUACGUGAGACUGUUUGCAUGGACGGGAUGCGAAUUAGGUCGUUGCUGAACCGAUACCCAGCGAAGUUUAAUUACGACCUGAAGGCAGCGCUACCAAAACUACCUAAUGAGGCUGUUAUAUCGCGAAAGUCCGACACAAAAUUUACACCUCGCUCCAAAAGGCAGAGGUAUACUCUAAUGACUGCAGAUUUAUCAUAUUAA